AUGUGUUCAUUGGAGACGUAUAAUAAAUUUAGAGGGGAGCUCAAUCGAAUUCUCACAGAGGGGGAUAACCUUAUGGAAGAAGAUGAGUUUUUUAUUGAAUUAAUCUCAAAUUCGAAAAAUCCUAGGGGUGUUCUAGAUCUUGCAAGGGAUAUGAAGGAGACAGGAAACUUUCUUUUCAAACAAGGGAGUAUAGAAGAUGCUCUGAAAAAUAUGGAUAUGUUGGGAUUAUUCUUGGUUGUUUUCACAUCUUGUUUUAGUGGAAAAAGGGAGUUUGAGCAGGUAGGGCAAAUAUGCUCAAUUAUAUUGGAAUUUAGCCCGAGCAAUGUAAAAGCUAUGUUUAGAAGAGCCAUGGCUGCUAUUGAAUUAGGGAGAAGUGACUUGGCCUACUGGGACUUGAUAAUGGCCUCUCAUAAUGAUCCUAAAAAUCCAGAGGUUCUCGAGAAACUUGAGGAGGUAAAACAAUCCCUACCCAAGGAGGAUUCAGGAAAAAGUUCUCAAGGUGAUGUACCAAUUGGGUUAGGACUUGGCCUAACUCCACCGAAAAAGAAGUCUAAAGGAGAAUUGGUGAAGGAACAUAGUAAUGAUCAAGUUCUGCUUCAUGAAAAGGAUAUGGUAUCUAAGCCAAUUUUGUCUACCAUGAAUGACAAGUGCUCGUCGGCAUGCUCUAGUGUUGUUGAAGAAAACCUCAUGCCUACAAUAUUGAAAGGGAAGAAAGAUGAGAUGAUGGAAGAUGUUGUAAGUGUUUCAAGCUUUGGGAAUUCUAAGCUAGCAGAAUCCAAUUAUCGGUUUGUGAAUCGAAAAAGGUCGGGUUCAUCAUUGUCCAUUUCAAGCAAAGACUACCAGUUAUUGUUGAAAGGCAAAUCUAUACAAUAUUUUAAUUCUAAGUUAGCAUCUCCUAUGACGAUUAGAGUAAGAGGUGGUGGGCCAAAGAAUAUUACAAAAACGAAUUAUGAAAGUCAAGAGGAAAAGUUGGAUGACUCCUCUAUAGUUGAUAUGAAAGAACAUAAUUUAAUAGUUAGAGACACAAAGGAAGAGUAG